GCUGGACGGGCUAUCUAGAUAAUAGUUAAAUGAGUUAAUAUACUGACAAAAAGAAGGCUGCCUACAAUUGAUAUUUUUGAAAAUAUUUCUGAGCAUGGCAUUUGCUUCUUGUUCCCGCUAAUGGACGACUUAAUAGAAUUUGAUACGAAUAAUUUAAUUGAUUUGCUGGAUAAAUUUUUAUUAGACGAGCUAUCAAAGGAGACGAAUAAUACGGCUACUAGGACUACACCAACGACGUCUGCUUGCAUAGACAGCUUGAACAAUCCAUCCAGUUUGCAGCUAUUUCAAGCGAAAUCUAUACCGACAAUUUCAAUAAAGAACUAUUUAUCUAGGAUACUACGUUAUUGCCCAUCAACUAAUCAAGUUUUUCUUUCCCUUCUGGUGUACUUCAAUAGGAUGAAAUCCUUAUCAAACGUCUUCACAUUGAAUAGUUACAAUAUACACAGAUUAAUCAUCGCAGGCAUAACAGUAUCUUCUAAGUUUUUAUCCGAUAUAUUCUACACUAAUUCUAGAUAUGCAAAAGUUGGCGGUCUUCCUUUGUCUGAACUUAAUCAGUUAGAACUACAUUUUCUUUUACUCAAUGACUUCAAUUUAUUCAUCAACAAAUCAGAAAUCGACUUUUAUUUUAAGUUAUUACUAGAACACUGAAUCAUACCCCGUCUUGUAUUAUAUAUUGUCCAUCUACAUCCAUCUGCUCAUCUAGUUUGUUAAUUUCUGUCAUGUCCGCCUCUCGCAGUGUCACGUUCGUCGAUUCUAGAUUUUCCCUUUGUCUUGCGUCAUCGGAUGAUUUUGGUAAUGGUACAAUUCCUCUCCCAAUCAACCAGCUAAGCAUCAGCUGAGGAACACUGCAGUUGUACUUUUUGGCAAUCUCAAUUAGCGCCCUAUUAUUAAAAAAUUGCUUUCUUCCAAGUGGGCAAUAACCUUCAACGAUUAUACCCUUUUCUUGACAAUAUCUUACUACCUUGUCAUUUGAAUGCAUAGUAUGUACCUCGACUUGAUUAACAACUGGACCAUAUUUAGGCUUGCUCGCUAAUAACUCUUCUAUAUGACCAGCGCCGUAGUUUGAAACUCCCAAUGAACGGAUCUUUCCUUCGUCUACUAAUGAGGAAAGCUCUUCGUAAGCAUUCAAACGUGUAUUUUUACCGCCACUAGGGGAAUGUAUCAAGACUAAUGACAAUAUCAUCAGAAAAGUAAAUCAGAACAAUAUAAUAGCUCACCCAAAUCCCAAUACUCGAGUUGAGCUUCAUUCAAUGCUCUUAAAAUACUCUGACGUGCAUUGUGCACCGCACCUGUCCAAGGGUCCACUUUACUGGUUAAGAACAACUCCGAGCGAGGCACACCAGAUUUCUUAACACCCAAUCCAAAUUCCCUGUGGUUGUGAUAAUAACAGGCUGUAUCUAAACAGCGAUAUCCACUCUUUAUGGCUGUGCUAAUGGCAUCUGGAUCUUUUAAUAAAUAAGUUCCGAGCCCAAUGAUCGGAUGCUGAUAACCAUCUAACAUUUGUAAAGUUUUUGACAUGAUAUCGUUUAAUAUGGAAGAUAUAGUGGCGACCUGUCUCUUUAAUGAGCUUUGGAUUCUGACGUAAAUUACUGACGUAAUAUGUACUUGCUUAUACGGAUUUCAGUUCACAAAUCUCUUUUCCAUAAAAUUACACCGUGCGGAUUUGAUAAAGUCAUUGU